AUGAGGCUGAAAGACGCGCGUGCAGCAAUGAACAGCAUGACUAGCCCAAGAAGAAAAAAAAAAAAAAAAGAAGAAAUAUUCUUUGAAUACAUACGGAAUAGCAACUCACAGGCCAUUCAGCUGUUGAACUGGAUAUGGUUGUACUGCUUUUAUCAGAAGAUAAAGACGUUAACAAAGAAUGUUCGAGAGCUACAGAAUGGAAAGAGCAGUGGUCCUCUGCUAGUAAAGUACCUUUUGACACUGCGCUUAAACAUAGACGAUGCGUAUGAGUACUUUCGGGCUAUUUUAUCCACCGCAUUAAAAAUAUAUGGCGAGAAAAAAGACCAGUAUAUCUUACACAUCGGGAACGCGGUGGGUAGGCGAAACAAUUUCUCCGUACAUGAACCCCUGUGUGAUGUGUACAGCGGAGAUUCAUAUUUGAAGGACCUUCCCUUUCGGGAACACUCCUACGUGAACAACAUUAUCGACAUUUUCUACGCGGAACGCUGCGACCGACGUGACGACCAACCUGAUGACCAACGUGGUGAGAGGGAGGCUCUGCAUAGCAGCCUAGAAGUCGUUCGAAUCUGCAUCAGCAACCUUUUCAAAAUUCUGGGCGAUCUGCACAGAUAUAAGUGUUACUUCUUUGAAGAGAACAGAGAAAAAAAUGAAAUGAAAGCGUGCAUGAAUUAUUACAAGGCACUGAGUUAUUAUAGAUACAGUGGGCACCUGUUCAAUCAGCUCACGCUGCUGUACACGGGGGGCAACCCGAUAGAGUGCCUGUUUUUAUACUUCCUUUCGUUGAUCGCGGUUAAGCCUGCUCCCAACAGGGACGCCCUUGUCAUGUACAUGGAGAGCGUCCUCAACGGGGGGAAGAGCUUGGCCAAUUUGUUAGCGCGCCUACGUAGGGGCUCCUCCCGAAGGUGCGAACAGGGCCAGCAGGACGGAAGUGUCGACCUGAACAAUGCGGUAUGCACUCCUUGCCGCGGCGAAACGUCCUGUAAACUGGGCAGAGGCAUAUUUUACAUCAAAGCUGAGGGAAGACAUUUUUUACCCUCCAUGAAAGGCAGUGAGAGGGGGACAAAGGACACCAUCUACUACCAGAGGGACAAGUAUCACGGCCAUGUGAACACCAGAGUUAAUGAAAAGCACACAGAGCGGAGGAGGGAAGGAGGUUCCAACAGUGGACAGGGGAGCACGAAGGAAAAACUAACCGAGAAAGAAUUAAACGAAGCCAUUAUUAAUUUCUACAUGAGCUAUUUCAAAAUUGUGAAGUUACUAUUUUCCAAAAUUGAUAUGAACAAAUUUGAAAAAAAAAAAAAUAAAUUUAUUUACUACACCAAUAGAUACAUAAAGCUGCAGUACUACAGUAGAAGGGAAGAUACCUUGAUGCUAAAGAAUAUCAUCCUCAUAAUCUUUACGCUCCUAAGUUUAGUUAUAUAUGUUACCAAGAAUCAACAUGACCAAGGGCACAAGGACCCAGGGGGCUUCCUUUUCUAUGGCAAUAUAAACGUCUCAAAGUACGUAUACAGAAAGGAGCAAAUUUAUUUUUCCUUUCUUUUGAUUCAUGAGCUGUUAUUGUCAUGUGAAGAAUUUUACGCAAAUUUUUUCCCCAGCUACUUGUCUGUUUUUAUAUACGUGCUUUACUGGUUUCGAAAGGAACCUAGUGUUUGGGAUGGGCGCUUGGUUAAUUGCACCGAGGAGGACAACCGAGAGAGGGACCACCUCGUGAAGCAGUACCAUGAGGAUUACCGUGGAAAAAGCGUCUACGGGAGCAGAGCCAUCGGUACGGAGAAGACAACUUUUCACUCCACCGCGCGGAGAUCUCCAUGGGGGGGAAAGAGGGAUGAAUCUCUUUUUUCCAAACAAAGCAAUUAUAACGAAGUAGUGAAGAACUCCUGUGACGACCCCGAAUUUUCUCACAACAAAGACAUAAUAAAAAGUAUCAAAGAUUUAUUAAUGGGCAUAGAGGUGAGGGAGGAAAUGCCCCUGAAUGAUAAUUCUCUACUGCGCUAUAAACUGAGGGAAGAUUUUUAUAUCUAUCCUUUUUUGAGUGGGUUGCAUUUUAGGAGUUUAGAAGGGGGGGGAAAGUAUUCUACUGGGGGGGAUUGUAAGAUGGCUUCCUCACAAUUGAGCAGUCUUUCCAACGUGGCCUACCCAGAAAUCAGCCCAAACAAAGUUGAUAUGAAGUGUAGCCAAGUGCCCUUCGAGGGAGGUAAACAGCGGGGAAUUAGCCGUCACACCAAUUUUGACGAGUUGAACGAAGAAGAUGUAGUCCUUUUGAAGAAUCCAUUGUUUGUAAGGGCGAGCAGCAUGUGUACGAACGGGGAGAUGGUAAACCCGAGGGAUGACGUAGGGAACGGGCUAAACUGUUACAACGAUUUAUACGAGCUAUCCUCCAUCAGUGGAAAUAAUGUUCAUUCAUCCGGACGAAAGGAUGGAAGUAAUGACGGAGGGCACGCAGAUGAGAGUGUUUCUUCUGGGAAUGCUAGUAGGACAGGGAACAACUCCCGUCGGUGCAGCGAUGGUGGGGUAGCAUUUAACGCACACGGAAUAGUGCACCCGGAGGAAUGUUAUAAAGGAGACCACUACAUUGCAGCAGUGUAUGAUAUCCCAAAUGAUGAAUUCCUGCAGGAGGUAGGAAAUCGGGUUCGAAUUAUGCGCUUUAGGUCGCUCACCCAGAAUGAGUUAAAGGAGAGCGACAAGGAGAGUAGGCAUGUCCGUAACGUUUGCAAGAAAUAUUUGGAUGCACAAGAUAGGGAGGAGAUACACCACGAUAAUUACCCCAGUGAGGAAGACGUAGGGGACAUACCUCACGUGGCAGGCGUAGCAUCUCCGGAGGAAGGAAGCCAAAAGUACACCACGCCCAUCGUCGCAGGAGUUUGCAAGAACGAAAUGAGCUGCACCAUGAGCCGAAGCGAUGAUGACAACAGAGCGAGCAACCUCAUGAGGAACCAUCAAAACGGAGUGCAAGAUAAAAGCCACCGAAGUGGCAGUUGCGAAGUUUGUCCGGAUGAAGGCAUAAGUCAGAAUGAUUAUUUUAACUAUUCCGUUUUGGAGAAAUUCCAGCAGGAUAGGGUGGAUGCCUCAGCAUCUAUGCCGAACGGUAUUGUAGAGAACGACCGCAGUUGCAAGCAUCUCCUGGGUGGAAAAUUCAAUUCGUCCAACGAGAUUGCCAAGGCAAAUGACAAGGCCAGUUUGGAUACCAGUUUGGACACCAGUUUGGAGGACAUGUUUUGUCCGAGUUCCCCAGCUGAGGCAGAUUCCAUCCUAGGCGACAUGGCCGAAUUGGCGAGGAUUCCUUUCGAAGAGAAGUACCUUCUUAAUGGGGAAGGUCAAACGCAUGAAGCGAUGGGAAACAGCACCGCGGGGGAUGAAUUCCAGAUGGGGAAAGGAACGCUUGCUGUGUGUAAGGGCGAUAGCAGCCCAUCUGUAUAUGAACAUGCGGAGCCUCACCAUAUGUACAACGGGAAAAUGUGGAUGGAAGAGGGAAACUCAACAAUCCGAAAAAUGGUAAUCCUUGAUGGAAAAAACAUUGGCACGAGGUACCAGGACAAUUACAAAAAAUAUUUCGAUUCAUUUAGAAUAAAAGUGGUUCUAGAUUAUUACAAAAUUAAGAAGUAUGUAGUGAAGAUAGUCCUUCCGGAAGAGUACUUAAUACGCGGGAGGAAUGAUCUCCUAGGAGAAAACUCCAACAGUAGUUACUAUGACGUACGGGUACACAGCAGUAUGGAAGGCGAUGAUUUUAUUCUCACGGGGAAUGACUUGCUCUUUUUUCAGAAUCUUCACAUUUUAGGAUGUUUAAUUGUUCACCCCUUGGAAAGUUACUACCCGUUCUGCGUCAACCUUGUGCAGAGAUGGAACUCCUGUUUUGUAACAAACGUAACUCUGUCUGAACUUAAUAUGAAGAUUCGGGAGUUCGAUCAGCUUCCCCUGAAGAAUAUCGCGGCGCACUUUAUAUCGUACACCUUUCUGGGCGAUGAUUUUCUACCCAACCCGACCUUUCGAUGGCCAACUAUCUGUCGUGGGCCCUUAUUGAAGGCCACUGUAAAUGAAUGA